ACUGAGCAUAAGACGCGGGUGAUUAAAAAAACACGAGGCAAAGAAAACUGCGACUGCUCAUGGGGUCAACACGAACACUCUGCCUAUAAAAAAGCCCACUCCCUUCGCAUGAUUUCUCAGAUUCCCAGAUCUCCAUUACCCAUUUUCCGAUCCUAAAAACCCAGAAAUCUCCGACUGAAAAGUCUCCAUUUUUUUCCGGCGAAGAGUUCUGUGUCGACGAUGUUGUCGGUGGUGAUAUUUGCUGAGUUACUGGGCCAGUACACGGCGGCGCUCGCCAAAAUCGUCGCCGGACUUCUUCCUCAUCGUCCCGACCGCCGGACUUACGUGCGGAUCGGUAGUUUGACGUUGACACUGCCUUGUCCUAAUCGGCCAUCGGCGAUUCCUGAUUUCACAUCUCAUCUCGUCGAUUUGUGAUUUGAUGGAACACUUCUACUUCCAUUAUCUCAUCGCGUAGCACGGUUUUCCCGAGUUUCUCUCCAUUUUCCUUUCCUUGAAUCUAGUAAAGGGUUCCGUUUUUUUUUUUUUUUUUUUUUUUUUUAAAUGUGUGACAAAGUAAUUAUAUAAUAGUAAUAGAGAUGAGAUUAUCGAGGUUAAACUGUUCUUGUCGUGAAAAUUCUCUCGUGAGUCGUGACCAUUCGGAAUUUACCAAUACGAUCUCUUUGUUUUAUGUAAGAAUAUAAACAUCAAAUACAUUAUAGACGGAUUUGCCAUGUUA